AUAACAAAACUCUUAUACUUCUUGAAUCACUUCUUGCUACUGCUACAACUCUUUUUAACACAAGUGGAAAUUUUUGUUAUUACUCCAUCACAACAAUUGACAUUGUUUUUCUUUUUUUUUUUGUAAAUUAACAAUUGACAUUGUUGAUAUCACAAAUAAUAACAAAACUAGCCUUCAAAAAGCAAUUCUGAUACUGUACGAUUCUGUUUCCAUCAUUCAUUCUCUCAAGCUCGUGUGAGGCGCAGAAGUAAGAAAAUGGAGAAUGCGACAGAAGCGGUGACGGUUGUUCAACAGGAUGAAGAACGUGACGUAGAGGGACUAGGGCAGCCACAAAACCCACCACCACCCGUACGACGUCGUUUCGUCAUAUCUCUUUACGUGGGAUAUUUUCUUGCAAGAUGGGGUGCCAGAACUUGGGAAUUCUCAGUUGCUUUGUAUAUGAUCUACUUGUGGCCAAACUCUCUGCUUCUUGCGGCCAUAUACGGUGCGAUAGAGUCUGGUUCUUCUGCGAUCUUUGGCCCCAUUGUGGGACAAUGGAUCGAGGGACUGGACUACGUUAAAGUUCUUAGACUCUGGCUCUUAUGUCAGAACCUCUCCUACAUCAUUGCUGGUGGUGCAGUCAUCAAGUUGCUACUAGAUUACGGUCUUAAACCCCGGAACAUCCCGGUCUUUGCAACCUUGGUUGCGUUGACAAAUGUUACUGGGGCCAUUGGUGUGCUUUCCACACUUGGUGGCACCAUUCUGAUCGAACGAGACUGGGCUGUGGUUAUGUCGGAAGGUCAUCCACCAGCGGUAUUGACAAGAAUGAACUCUGUCAUUAGAGGCAUUGAUUUGAGCUCAAAGCUAUUGUCUCCAGUCACCACCGGUCUCAUCAUUAGCUUUGUCUCACUGAAGGCAUCAGCCAUCACUUUUGCAUUUUGGGCUACUAUAACCGCUUGGGUUGAGUAUUGGCUCUUCAUAUCUGUGUAUAGCGGUGUUCCUGCGAUAGCUCAAAGCAAUGAGAGACGGAUCUUGCGUUCCAUGACAAAUCCAGUAGAAGAAACAGAUGCACCUGUUUCUGUUUAUAUUGUCCCCGGGACCGAGGAGGGUAACCCACCACGUAGAUCCGCAAUGCUGAAGGUCUUUGAUAGAGUAUCCAAGUCCUCUUUUGUUGGCGCGUGGAGAGUUUAUAUCAAACAAGAAGUUGUACUCCCAGGGGUUUCACUAGCUCUCUUGUUCUUCACGGUCCUCAGCUUUGGAACAUUGAUGACGGCAACAUUGCAGUGGGAAGGGAUACCUACAUAUAUCAUCGGUAUAGGCAGAGGAAUAAGUGCCACGGUUGGACUGUUGGCUACAGUCGUCUAUCCUCUAAUGCAAAGCCGUAUCUCAACGCUGAGAACUGGCCUCUGGUCCUUCUGGUCUCAGUGGAGCUGCCUUUUGGUAUGCGUUGGGUCGAUUUGGGUUAAAAAGGGCAACAUAGCAUCUUACAUGCUAAUGGGUGGAGUUGCUGCUUCAAGGCUUGGCUUGUGGAUGUUUGAUCUUGCCGUCAUCCAGCAAAUGCAAGAUCAAGUUUCAGAAUCCGACCGUUGUGUGGUUGGAGGAGUCCAAAACUCUUUGCAAUCGGCUCUUGACUUGAUGGCAUACGUACUAGGUAUCAUUGUAUCCAAUCCAAAGGAUUUCUGGAUAUUGACGAUCAUCUCAUUCUCCACGGUUACGUUAUCAGGAUUAAUCUAUACAGUUCAUCUCUACCGAAUUCGUAACCAUAUCUUUCACUUUGAGAAGAUUCCUUUAUUGAGCAAAUGUUUGUUCAAGUUUAUACUUCCUUCUCGUGGAGAAACAUGAAUAAAUAGUGUGGU